CGGCGGUUCAUUACUGUUAGGCCUUGCUUGCGGAUGCUGUUAGGCCUGGCAGUCGCUAACUUUCUAUGAGUUAGGAACACCUAUUUAUGUAACGCCGUUCGUAUCUAUGCUUUGAUUUUGUGCAUUAAUUCCAUAGUCUUGGCAGGAUUGUUGCUUGCGGGCGGGAUUGCUAAAAAGGGUCUAGGCAGCCGGCAAGUGCGGUCUUCUGCAAGACGAAGGGCUCACCACCACGCUGCGAUAUAAUGCCGAGCAUAGCUAGAGCAAUAGCAGCACUCAUCCUAUUCAUAUACAUCUUUGGCUUGGCUGGCGUUAUCCAAGCCGAAUACAACCGUGAGCAUUGGCAUCCUGAGCCACAAUCGGUGCGCCGCGCGGCCUUUUCGGCCACAAGCAAAGCGCCUCCUUCACCGCCGACACCUCCGAAGGCACCGCGGGCCCCACGCGCUCCACGGCGCCCGACCCGCCCACCACGACCUCCCCGCCCGCCUCGACCACCGCGACGCGCCCCAAGCCCACCCUCAGCCUCUGGCCCGCCACCUGCCUCCCUGUCCCUGUCCCAUGCACCCUCACCACCGCCUCCACCACCGCCGCCCCCACCGCCGCCGCCGCCGUCCUUCCCGCCACCUCCACCACCCGAAUCUCUUCCCCUCCCACUGCCGGUACCGUCAAGUGAGGCCAGCCGUGUUCCUGCC